AUGGAUAUUGGAGGUUUGGAAAGUGUGGUGGCCAACUCAGCCUACGUGUCAGCACGUGGGAGUAUAGAUGGAGCAGCCGUGGCAACUAUGCGUGACAAAAAAUACCGUGCUAAGCUCAAUCUUCCACACAUAAGACAAUGUGAACACAUGAAGUCUACAGUCGAUUCUGCAUUUGACAGCAUGUGUGUACGCCAGCAAAUUGGUAAACGGCUCUUUCAGCAAUAUCUCGAAGGCGAAGCUGCUCACAAGAAUGCUGUAGACCUCUGGAAAGAUAUCGAAGACUACAAUGUUGCACAAGAAAACGACAGAGCUCAGAAAGCACAAAAGAUGAUCAACAAAUACUACGAGUCAUCAUCCAACAACUUUUGCAACUUCCUGGUGGAUAAAGCAGUGAGCAGGGUAAAGGAGGAUCACAAGAACAUUCCAGGGGAUCUGUUUAAAGAGCGCGAACAUCAGCUCCUUGCCCACCUGGAAGCUAAAGCACUGAAUGGCUUCAAGGACAGCAUGUACUUUCUGCGUUAUGUACAGUUUAAAUGGCUGGAGAGUCAGCCUGUUACUGAGGAUUGGUUCAUGGAUUUCAGAGUGCUUGGAAAAGGCGCGUUUGGUGAGGUCCAUGCUUGCCAAAUGAAGACGUCAGGGAAGAUGUAUGCUAACAAGAAACUGAACAAGAAGAGGUUGAAGAAAAGAAAAGGUUAUGAUGGUGCCAUUAUUGAGAAGCGCAUCCUGGCUAAAGUGCACAGUCAUUUAAUUGUGACUCUGGCCUACGCUUUCCAGACCAAAACAGACCUCUGCUUGGUCAUGACCAUCAUGAAUGGAGGAGACCUCAGGUACCAUAUGUAUAAUGUGGAUGAGAAGAAUCCAGGCUUUAAUGAGGUUAGAUCUUGUUUUUACACUGCUCAGAUCAUCUGUGGACUUGAGCAUUUGCACCAGCACAGAAUUGUGUACAGAGACCUCAAACCUGAAAAUGUGCUGCUGGAUGAUACAGGACAUGUGCGUCUGUCUGAUCUGGGUUUGGCUGUUGAACUACCUCCAGGGAAAGACAAAACACAGGGAUAUGCUGGGACCCCAGGAUUCAUGGCUCCAGAACUGCUGCAGAAGAAAGAUUAUGAUUACACUGUAGACUACUUCACUCUCGGGGUGACUAUAUAUGAGAUGGUUGCCGCCAAGGGACCUUUCAGGUGUCGUGGAGAGCAGGUGGAGAAUAGUGAAGUGACGAGGCGUAUCCUGAAUGACCCCGUCUCAUACCCCCCAACCUUCAGCCAGGAGUUCAAAGAUAUCUGUGAAGGGCUAAUGGAGAAAGAUCCAGAGAAAAGACUUGGCUUUAAGAACAACGAGUGUGCUAAGCUGAAGAAGCAGUCCUUCUUUAAAGAGCUCAACUGGGGCCCAUUAGAAGCUGUUAUGCUUCCUCCACCCUUUGUGCCAGAUCCAAAGAUGGUCUACGCCAAGGACAUUGAUGAUGUGGGAGCAUUCAGCACCAUCAAAGGUGUUGUGAUUGACAACAAAGACAAUGAAUUCUAUGGCGAAUUUUCAACCGGGAAUGUUCCGAUUCCAUGGCAGGAUGAGAUGAUUGAGACAGGGGUGUUCGGGGAGCUUAACGUCUGGUUACCAAAUGGAAAACUGCCGAAUGAUCUGGAUCCCAACUAUGUGGAAGCGAAAGGCGGGGGAUGUGUGCUGCUGUGA